GUUCGGUUCGGUUCGGUAAUUUCACCCAAUCCUGACUGUUCGACACAACGCAAAGGCACAAUUUCUGAAAGCGACCUCAUUUUUGAGCUUUCAUCUCUUAACAAAAAUGGUUGGUUCCUAUAUUGAUCACCGUUUCAGACUCGUGUACUUGACUCGGUUGCACAUCUGACUCAGUGAUUCGAAUUUCUCCGGCGACCGAGUUAAGAGUACAUCCUCGGACUCCAGGAGAUGUUAGGAAGCUCUCUAGCAUCACCUUUGGCAACAUUUGGUUCAUACACAGAUGUUUUACUACCAUUGAGCAUGAACUCGUCGCAUCAUGGUGUGGCUAGAGUAAGGACAUCUCGUGUUUCUUUGCAAAAGAAGUGGAUAGUGUUUUGUUCAGCAGCACAAGCUGAAACCUCUAGUAAAGAUCCAAAGACAUGGGAAGAAUGCAAAGAAGCUCUGUCUUGUUUUGAUUUUAAUGUAGAGGAGCAAGACAAGAUACUAGGAAAAGCUUUUGGUCAUCUCCACUCGCCGUACUGGACGGAAGAACGAAUGAAAGAGAACCCAAAGGUGGAAACUUUGAAUCAGAUACUUGAGUUUCUUAGAAGUCUCGGUUUAUCAGACGAAGAUCUGCACAAGGUGAUGAAGAAAUUCCCGGAAGUACUCGGUUGUAGCCUAGAAGAUGAGAUGAAACCCAACAUUGGGAUCUUGGAGAAUCAGUGGGGGAUUACGGGUAAGUCACUGCGAAAUCUGUUGCUUCGGAAUCCGAAAGUGUUGGGGUACAAUGUGGAUUGUAAAGGAGAUUGUGUUGCUCAAUGCACUCGGUGUUGGGUUCGGUUUUAAUUCAUUGGGGCUUCAUGCAAAAUGAUCAUUGAUGUUUUACUUUAGCGUGUUAGCUUACAAUAAGAGUAAAAUUUUGAUUUGUAUCUAGUCCCUCCAUCUUCUUGUUCCGUCACAACGAUUUGAAUAAACAAUCAUUGAUCAUUGAUCCUUGAUUUAUUAAGUACCAAUGUGGAUACUUGCACUA